GCCGCCGCCGCCCUGCAGUCCCGGGGCUCCCGAGGGCACUGUCUCGGGCCCGAGCCCCCGGUGCCCGCAGUGCAGCGGCCGCCCCGUCUGCGUCCCCAGAGCCCCGGGAAACAUCGCCCUCUAGGAGACGAUGCUGAAUGUACAAAGAAAACCAUUUUCGGGAACAUCUGACUUGUAAUUCAAGCUUCAGUUACCGAUGACAGUCCGUCCAGGGGCAACUAUGCUUAACUCCGCAAGUGAACUAGAGUUUUCGAACGAAAGUAAUGAGGUGAUCUCCCAGUUCGCUUCCCUGGCACUGGCAGGUGAUGCAGGAUCCAGCGAAAAAAACUCAGUUCACCUUCCCCCCAAAACUGGCUAUUCGGACUCCAUUUACGUUAUGGCAGCAAACAUAUUUCAGGGUAUUCGACUUGAAAAAUCACCAGAGAACGUCUUAAUCAAGUAUGGGAAUGAGCCCCUGCAGUCCUUGUCCAAGUCUGAGGAUGAAUCCUUCCAGCGUUUGUCCUAUGAGCUGGCUUUCAGUGCCCUUAAGUAUCAAGAUAUUUUGGAAACUAUAUUAAUAGACAGCUAUAUCCUCCCAAGUACUACAAUACCAGAUCACUUGAGCAGUCUUAUUAUUGUGAUGCUGUAUGAUUUCCAAGAUAGGAAAUUUCAAGCUCGUCUCCUUUCUGAUAAUGAAGAGUCCAUAGCAGAAGUUCAAGAAGUAGAGAACCUUCUUAACAGUUUUAAGACAAAAUUGGCUGCGGCAUUGGCAAGAUGUCGAAUCAAACACGAUGUCCUUUCAAUUUACCAUAUUCUUCCAGAAACAGUUAGGAAUCAAGAACUAAGGGCCUCCACUUUGCCACUUUAUGCUUGGAUAAAUACUUGUAAAAUCAGCCCUGAAGAAGUUUAUCACAGUUUGAAGAAAAAAUGCUAUAGUAAAGUCAAAUCUGUGCUGCAUACUGACGAUAAAGUCUUUGCUGUGGACCAGCAUUGCUACGAUGUCUUAAUUUUUCCAUCUCAUCUUAAAAGUGAUCUUUUAAAUAUAGAUCUUUUCAAAGAUUACAAACUUAUAUUUCAGGACAAAUCUCGAAGUCUUGCUGUCCAUACUGUAAAGGCCUUAUUAAAUAUGGAUGAUGAUAUCUUAAUGGUCAAUUCAGGCUCAUGGUAUACAGUUGCGCACAUGUCAAUCUUAACAGAUAAUAAUACCUCAAAAGUAUUUGUGUGUGGAGUACAAUCACAAGCUAAGGAUACUGACCUGAAGGACCUUUCUACAAAUAUGGGAUGUAAAAAUAUUGAAAUACUCCAUGAGCCAUUUCUUGACAUUGACUCAAAGGAUCAUAGAUUACAGAAGGUUAAGGUCAUCCUGGUGUUACCUCGCUGCUCAGGACUGGGUGUUAGUAAUCCAGUAGAAUUUAUCUUAAAUGAGCAUGGAGAUACAGAUUUACUUAAAGAUUUUUCUCAAGGACGCACAUCAGAAGACAAACUUCAUGAUCUUGCUCAACAGCAAUAUGAACAGCUAACCCAUGCAAUGACAUUUGCUAAAGCUCAAGCCAUUGUUUACUGCACAUGCUCAGUUUAUCCAGAAGAAAAUGAAGCUGUUGUUAAGAAAGCAGUGGAGUUUCAAGACGAUGGGACUAAAGUGCAACCUUUUAGGCUCAGUCCUCCUGUCCUUCCACUGUGUUCCUUAAGGGAAAUACAAUUGUCUACUGAUAAAUUUUUCAGAAUGGAACCAUCUGAAAUGACCAAUGGUUGUUUUCUUUCUGUUCUAACAAGAGAGCGGGACCCAUCUGAGGCCGUGUGUGUGAAAGAUGUUCUGGCCCGUGCUGCAGCAAAGGGUCUGCUGGAUGGGAUUGAGUUGGGGAAAUCUUCAAAACGGGAGAAGAAGAAGAAAAAAUCAAAACUAUCAUUGACAAAAUCUUCCCCUCCUGAUAGUAAUGGCAUCCCAAUGAAAAUUGCUGAGUUCCUGAAUCGAGAAGCCAAUGCAAAUGCUAAUCAGUCAGAGGCAUUAACAACGGAAACAUCUCUCACGCAGAAAAAUACAACUCAAGUAGGUUCUUCCUCACAGGUCAGAAAACCCAGCAAGCCCGCCGCCACUCGUUUGGCACCUACAGUUACGAAGGCCACAUCUUUCUCUAGGCCCUAUGAACGGCCAAGAAACUUCCUAAGGCCUCGCCUUGAAGACAGAAUGAUUGCACUGAAACCUGUACAGAUUGUGCUGCCUCCAGUCAUGCUGCCAUUUUCAAGUCCCCAAGGGAUCAGCCCUCAGAUACCACCCCAACAGUUUUACUGCCGUUGGGUUGGAGCCAAGACCCCUGCGCCCAGCUUCCUCCCCACACCAGCAAUAUCCAGAAGAGGGGAAAAGCCUAAAGAAAACUUACCUUUCUCCCUACCCAGGCAUCCUCGACCAUGAGUAUUUUUUUAC